AUCCGAGCUAAAACCCUACAGUCCCCCUACCUUCCAAAAAUCCGUUCAGACAUGCCUUCCUUCCCUCCUCCUGGUUCUGUCACCGUCUGCGAAGUCAAUCGCGACCUAAUUACUGCCGAAACCCUCUCGGACGAUCGAGCAAAGGACACCUACGGGAAGCUUCUUGGGUUGGUGUUUAGCCCAGUGCCAUUUCAGCUAGAGCAGCUCUUAUCACCGCCUUCUGAUAAUGAUGCUGAACAAGAUGGAAGAACUGAUGGCGAUGGGGUCCAAAGAAAAGGUCUAUUGGCUAUCUUGCAACGGCUAGUUAAUGAGUCCUUUAGACGCCUUUUUCGCCCUAAUGAUGUGCAUUUGCUACCAGAGGUUGAUGUUCAAGGAGUAAGCUGGCACCAGAAUAAGCAUAUAAUUGCGUUUAUCUCUGGGCCAAGUCAAGUUAUACUUCGUGACUAUGAAGAUUCAGAAGGGAAGGAUCCAAUCAUGUUGGCCAAUGAGUACCAGAGAGAUGUUAGAGUACUUGAAUGGAGGCCUAAUGGUGGCCGGAUGCUCUCUGUGGGAUGCAAGGGCGGAAUAUGCAUUUGGGCUGCUUCUUAUCCGGGGAAUGCAGCAUCUGUUAGAUCUGGGGCAGCUUCCUUUGUAGGAAGUUUAUCAAGGGGCACCGGAAUUCGGUAUAUCCUGGCAGAUUUUCUUCGCAGUGAGGACAAUGAACAUAUUAGCGCUCUUACAUGGAGUCCAGAUGGAAGAUACUUGGCUUCUGCUUCAUAUGAGAGCUCCUCCUUCACCGUCUGGGAUGUUGCUCAAGGUGUCGGGACACCAAUUCGGCGGGGAUUAGGGGGCAUAUCAAUGCUGAAGUGGUCACCUACUGGAGAUUACUUCUUUGCCUCCAAAUUUGACGGAACGUUUUAUCUCUGGGAGACAAACACUUGGGCAUCUGAACAAUGGUCAUCAACCAGUGGAUUUGUAAAGGGUGCAACAUGGGAUCCUGAUGGGCGCAUGAUACUGCUUGCUUUUUCAAAAUCUUCAAGCUUGGGAUCUGUUCACUUUGCAUCAAAGCCUCCCUCAUUAGAUGCACAUCUGUUACCAGUUGAUUUGCCAGAAAUAAUGUCACUGACGGGCAGUCUUGGCAUUGAAAAGAUAGCUUGGGAUAAUUCAGGCGAGCGAUUGGCUGUUUCCUUUAAAGAUGGAGAUGAGGUUUACAGAGGCCUGAUUGCCAUAUAUGACACUAGAAGGACUCCUCUGAUAUCUACGUCACUAAUUGGAUUUAUCAGAGGCCCUGGCGACAAUCCAAAGCCAAUGGCAUUUUCGUUCCAUGGAAGAUUUAAACAGGGGCCAUUGCUUUCUGUGUGUUGGAGCAGUGGAUUUUGUUGUACAUACCCCCUAUUAUUUCGUUCCCAUACGCUACCAUAGUGAGGAUGGAGGGGGGGGGGGCUACACCCGGUUUGAUGUUGAUAUUCAUUUGCUUGACGUUUCCGGUUAACCCAUGAGGAAAGCACUCUCUCUCUCUCUCUC